AGUCUCCGUCUGGAAUCGGUCGCGGCGAGACGUGGCGAGUGGCGGACGAGAGGCGGGCGAGACGAGACGCGGUGAGACGUGGACGAGACGUUGACGCGGGCGAGACGUGGACGAGACGUUGACGGGGCGCUGAUGAGACGUCUCAUUGUUACGGGGCUUAGUGACGAGAGAGAAGUCCGCUGUGUGGCUUAGUGGUGAGAGAAAGAAGCUCCGGAAAGAUAGCUCCGUGUGAGUGUGCUUCAGAGUGAGCGUUAGUGCGCGGAGCGCCCUAUUCUGUGAAACAGGAGCGCCAGUAACUCACACAGGCUGUGAGAGACGUCCGGUCGUCAGAACCCGAUCGACCACGGACGGCAAGGAGAGCUGAUACCCGGAGAGGAGAGAAUCAGGCGACUCUUCUCGCGUCGCCGGGCUCCAGAUGAGUCCGCCCCGACACCUUCGAAUGGUUUGCCACCACAUCCGGCGACGUGCCAACGUCCUGCUGCCAGCGCUGCUGAUCUCCUUCCUGCUGCUGGUGCUGCUGCAGGACCAUGACUUCCAGCAGCCGUCGAUGCCACACUCACAACAGUGGAAAGCACGUCAACCGGCAGCUGCUGUCCGCGAUGCCGCUGCGCGAGCGGCGGUGAAAGACAGACAGGUGGAACCCGACUGGGUGGGUAGCUCGGAUUCGGCGCCUGUUGGCCCAUCGACUGGUCAACGGUCUUCGGGGGAAGAAGAUACGACCGGGGAGAAGCGAAGUUAUGUCUCUGGUACACGGUUUGUGGACUUCGACCCGACGGCGGCCGAAUCAGAGCGAGCGCAAAAAGCAUCGAAGUCACAAGCAAAACUAAACAAACUUGAAAAGCCCAUCAAAACCCCAAACAUCCAGAAGUCGGCUCCUCUGUCAAAUGAUGUUCUUUCGGCGUCAGAUGACAGAGCUGGCGGUAAGGACGCAUCAGUGAACAAAGAUUCAACGAACUUCGGUGCAGACCUUCCAGUGAACACCGAUUCGAACGUGGCGCCGGCUAACGGUAUAGCAAACUCGCCUUCAUCCUCUGGCACUAACUCCGGAUCGUCAUCACUUCUAACUUCUACAGAAGAACCACUUGCUGGAGUCAACCAAAACUCCCACGUAGAUUCACCAGUCUCUUCAAUACAGCCCGCCGUGGCUCUCGACACUGUGCCACUCUCUGGGCCUUCCUCUGGACUCGAGGAUAAGUCCAACUUUUCACCCAACUCUUCACCAGAUUUAGACACUGGUUAUUACGAGCUUCCAGGCUGCAACUGUUCCCGGAAGUACUCCAAAUCUGCCUACUUGGCGUUGAACGGAACCCGCUCAAGUUGCGGCAUGACCGCAGACAUUCGCGGUGCGAAGCAGAAUGUCAUCUCCUUCAGUUUCUACGGUAACGCUUCGAGUGUGUUCUUUGGUGGCAUCGAGGCGAACCUGGCAAAGGUGCCCGAGAUCUACCCAGGAUGGGUGGUUCGUGUGUACAACGACAUCAACAUGAGCGAACCGCGACAGAGGGAGCUUGUCUGCGAUGUGCAGUGUCGUUACGACAACGUGGACUUUUGUGACGUCCACGACCUGCCAGGACUGGGCGACCUCAGCAAAAAGUUCGGGAUGAUUUGGCGGUUCAUGCCGUUGGCUGACGACACCGUGGAGCGGUUCAUCGUUCGCGAUCUAGACUCGCUGAUUGGCUGGCGAGAGCGGGCAGCCGUAGACGACUGGAUCGCCUCCAAUCGAACGUUCCACGCCAUGCGGGACGCUCCUGCGCACGGGACAGAAAUUCUGGGAGGGAUGUGGGGUGGCUGGAACCGCUACAACUCAAUAUACAAACGGGUCCGCGACCGUAUCAUUAAGGUCACCCAGUGGAGGUUCAAGGGUCUGGACCAGCGCGUGCUGACGGUGGUCCUGUGGCCGCUCAUCCAGCGACAUCGGGACCUCAUCGCUCACGACAGCUACCUCUGCUACUACUACCCGAUGACGAGGCCGUUCCCCACACAGAGGGAGAGUCCGUUUGACUUUGUCGGCUCGCCAAGUCGCAUCGAUAAGGGUUUCCGGUUGCAAUCGCAUUGUCCGUACUUUUGCAGGCCUCGUGAACACCGUGACUGGGAAUGGUGUUGAUGUGGUGCUGAGCGAGACGGGCAGAGCUGGGCAAGUGCGUUCCUUUAGUGCGUUCCUGCGUUCUUCCGUACGUACGCACCGCCCUUUUUAGGAACGCAAGAACGCAGGAACGCAAAGUUUUUCAAAGGAACGCAAGUAAG